UCAUCCAACCGUCUCGCGGCUUCUUGUCUGGCGGCUCCGCCCCUCGCGUAGGCGAAGGACAAAGUCUGUGCGCCGUGCCCCGUGCCAGCCUCUGCGGGCUGAGCAGCGCUGCGCGCCUGCCGCCAUCUUAGGAGGUCGCCAUGUUCUCGUCCAUCGCGCCGCUCGCGCGGCUCAACCCUUUCUACGCGCCUCACUUCCAGCUGUGUCAGGAUGGGCUGAGGAAGCGCGCGGAGCCGGCCGAGGCGCCCACCACGCGGCGGAGCCUGGCGGCAGCGUCCGCCUCCGAAGAAUACAGCUGUGAAUAUGGCUCAGGCAGAUUCUUUAUGCUCUGUGGUUUCGGUGGGAUUAUUAGCUGUGGAACGACACAUACAGCACUGGUUCCUCUAGACCUGGUUAAAUGCAGAAUGCAGGUUGAUCCACAAAAAUACAAGAGCAUCUUCAAUGGAUUUUCAGUGACAGUCAAAGAAGAUGGAGUUCGUGGCUUGGCUAAGGGAUGGGCUCCAACUUUUAUUGGAUACUCCAUGCAGGGGCUUUGUAAAUUUGGUUUCUAUGAAGUUUUCAAAAUCCUGUAUGGCAACAUGCUGGGAGAGGAAAAUGCCUAUUUGUGGCGUACUUCAUUAUAUUUAGCUGCAUCUGCCAGUGCAGAGUUUUUUGCUGACAUUGCUCUGGCUCCAAUGGAAGCUGCUAAAGUUCGCAUUCAGACACAGCCUGGAUACGCUAACACCUUGAGGCAAGCUGUACCUAAAAUGUUUGGAGAAGAAGGCAUUUGGGCUUUCUAUAAAGGUGUUGCUCCGCUAUGGAUGAGACAGAUUCCAUACACAAUGAUGAAAUUUGCCUGCUUUGAACGUACUGUUGAAGCUCUCUACAAGUAUGUUGUUCCCAAGCCGCGAAGUGAAUGUACAAAAGGAGAACAGCUGAUAGUCACAUUUGUUGCAGGAUAUAUUGCUGGUGUGUUCUGUGCGAUUGUUUCUCAUCCUGCUGACUCCGUGGUGUCUGUGUUGAACAAGGAAAAGGGCAGUUCUGCUUCACAGGUUCUUAAGAGGCUUGGAUUCAGAGGUGUCUGGAAAGGUCUGUUUGCCCGUAUCAUCAUGAUUGGUACCCUGACUGCACUACAGUGGUUCAUCUACGAUUCUGUGAAGGUUUAUUUCAGACUUCCUCGUCCACCUCCACCUGAAAUGCCUGAAUCUCUGAAGAAGAAGCUUGGUUUAACUCAGUAGACAGCUCAUGGACUGACUUUGCUGGCUGUCCAGUGAUGAGUUUCAUGAAACUUUUAUAUAUUUGACUAUGUGGAAAACAAACUCCUAUAUGGUGUCAUUAUUGGCUGUACCCUCAUCUCAUAUGAGGGUUUAAAUUCUACCACUGUCAUUGCCUGAAAUAAAUGAGAAACAGAGUGCUUAGUGUCUGUUUACUACCGCAUAUAUAAGCUUCAUUUCACAGCAGCAAAUGCCUCAGAUAAUUCCCAAAGUAAAAAAAAUAAAAAAUAGGCCUUUCCUACACUUCAGGAAUUAGAAUUGUGAAAGAACAGCAACAAAAUAGGCCUUUAUUGUUUGCGGAGGGGUGCCAAGAAACCCCAUGCAAUAUUGCAGAAACUAACUGCAGUUGUAUACUUUUAUCAGUCCUGUUUAACCUGCCUAUAGGAGCUGUUACUGUAAAACAGAUCAACUGCAGUGAAUGCAAUAAAAAUGCAGUCUGAGAGGA